GACCUGUGGUUUAGGUUGAGCCGCCGCGUGUGAGUGUAAGGACGUGACGGCUCCGCGUGUUUACCACACGGGUCUGCGGGAGCCGCAGCGUGUACCUGCAGGCUGUGUGAGAGCGUGUGUGAGCGGCUCGGAGGCAGAUCUUCCACAGAACACGCCCUAGUAGAAAAGGUAGACACACACACCCACGGCGAGAGAGAGACGCACACAAACACACUCACACUGAGCCUGAUCACCGAGGAGCCGAGCUACCUUACCUGUACACAACAGCCCCAAUGCUCCCCUGCAGGCUGCCACCUCCAGCGCACUGUCACCAGAUGAGAGCAGGGCGCGUUUACUUCCACACACUCUGGACUUAUCGUAUAUUUACGCGCGGGGCUCUGAACACCUGGAGAGCCUGCGGGACUCAGCAGGAGGAGUAAAGCUGGGUGUUGUUGCAACAGCGGAGCGUUCAUCCACCGGCAGGGCUGAGUACCAUGAACAGGAAUACGCGGCGCUGGAUUUUCCAUUUUUUCCUGUGCCUCGGGAUAGUGUAUCUGAAAAUCGGGGGGCUGUCGUCGGUGGUGGCGCUGGGAGCGAGCAUCAUCUGUAACAAGAUCCCCGGCUUGGCCCCGCGUCAGAGGACUAUCUGUCAGAGUCGACCCGACGCGAUCAUAGUGAUCGGGGAAGGAGUUCAGAUGGGAAUCAAUGAGUGUCAGUUUCAGUUCAGGCACGGCCGCUGGAACUGCUCAGCCCUGGGGGAGAGGACCGUGUUCGGGAAAGAACUCAGAGUGGGCAGUAAGGAGGCUGCUUUCACCUACGCUAUCAUAGCCGCAGGGGUCGCCCAUGCAGUCACAGCGGCCUGCACCCAGGGGAGCCUGAGUGGCUGCGGUUGUGACAAGGAGAAACAGGGUUUCUACAACCAGCAGGAGGGCUGGAAGUGGGGUGGCUGUUCUGCGGACAUCCACUAUGGACUGAGUUUCUCCAAGGUGUUUGUGGAUGCGCGGGAGAUCAAGCAGAGCGCCAGGACACUCAUGAAUUUACACAACAAUGAAGUGGGACGCAAGGUCCUGGAGAAGAGCAUGCACCUAGAGUGCAAGUGUCAUGGGGUUUCUGGAUCCUGCACCACGAAGACAUGUUGGACGACACUCCCCAAAUUCCGUCAGCUGGGAUACAUGCUCAAAGACAAGUACAACCACGCUGUUCACGUGGAGCCUGUGCGCGCCAGGCGGAACAAGCGCCCCGCCUUCCUGAAGAUCAAGAAACCACACUCCUACCGCAAGCCCAAGGACAUGGAGCUAGUCUACAUCGAGAGGUCUCCCAACUACUGCGAGGCUGACCCUCUGACCGGAAGCAUGGGGACGCAGGGCCGUCUGUGUAACAAAACAGCUCAGCAGCCCAACAGCUGUGACCUGAUGUGCUGUGGUCGGGGAUACAACACACAUCAGUACUCGCGUGUUUGGCAGUGCAACUGCAAGUUCCUGUGGUGCUGCUAUGUCAAGUGCAACACGUGCAGUGAGAGGACAGAAGUGUAUACCUGUAAAUAGAUAUGUUUACUGGACAUUCCUUUGUGUUGUUCGUGGGUUUCAGUAUCUGUGGAGAGACUGCCUUGCUGCCCUUGUGUUACAGCAAUCACAGCUUUUUCAUUCAACUUUGUCGAUUAUAAUGAUGCCAAUGGACAUCUGCCACGACACUGGACUUGAGCUAUCAGCUUCACAAAUGUUCUUUUUGUGUUUUAAAUUGACAUUUUGUGCUGCAUGCUUAACGUUUUCACAGGCCGUACUGGUCUACUGGCAUGACUCACCUUAAACAGUAGGCCUAACAGGUUUUUAUUUUAUUUUCUUUUUCUUUUGUUAAUCGACUAAUAAUUUAUUUGAUGAGAAAACUACUGAUCAUUUCGAAGAUUCACUGCAACUAAAUCUAGUAAAGGUUUGGUGGUGUAGAUUCCGGUUUUUAGAAAAGAAAAAAGAAACGGGCACUUAAGGUUUUUCUUUGUUACUUUUUUUUGAAGACUUAAACACUGGAUAUAAAAACUCAAACAGUCUGAACUAACCAAUAGUGAAUAUUUGGGAAACUACAGCAGAACAUUAAACUACUGAUUAUGGGUCAAGUAUGAUAGUAUUGUUUUCUACUUGUUCUCUGUCCCAUUUCCUCUUCACUUUGCUGCUAGUUGUCUGGAAAGGUGUGGUCGAGCAGCCACAUUUGUAGUUAACCCCAGGAGCAAAUGCAAGCUUCCAGAUCUAAAUCCCCAUGUUGCUGGUUAAUAGAAAAUAUUUUGUAAGAGUUUAUUUUUAUAUAAAUAUUUCUUUAUUUAUUUCCCAUCUUUGUUUAAGAUGUGUUUUCCCUUUAUGUUAGUAACUGUGUGUGUUACUGAUUUCAGGAAAUGACCCACUACAAUUUAAAUAUAAGUCCUGCACACUUGCUAACACGUUUAUUUAGUCACAACAUUUUGGUCUGACUGACCUUCAGGAGGUACAUUGUAUGUCUGUAUAUUCACACACACACGCACACGCACACGCACACACACACACACACACACACACACACACGUGUGUGUGUAUUCAUAUCCUUGCGGGGACAUCUCAUUGACGUAAUGCUUUCCCUGACCACUUACCCUAACCAUGAAAAAUGAAUGCCUAACCCUAACCUUUACACUAAACCUAACCAUACUGUAACCCUGACACUAAAACCACAUUUUGAGUCUUCAAUCCUCUGGGGAUGGGCAUUUUGGUCCCCAAGUAUACAAGUAAAGUAAACUUCCGACUUUAGGUCCCCACAAAGACAUCUAAACAGGUACACACACACACUGCUGUGAAAAAGUAUUUGUCCACUUUCAGAUUUUGUUUCGGGUCAGCUAACAAAUUGUAAUCUUAGACAAAGAAAAAUUAUGAUUUGAUUUAUUAUAGGUAAAAAAAAAUCUGACUCUGUGUGAAAAGUCAGUGUUAAUGAUUUAACAAUAAGAAAGAGACUGGGCAAGGCACGUCUCAGAUUUGCCAAAAAUGCCCUGAUGAUCUCCAAGACUUGGGUUAGGGUAGGGAAAAUAUCCUGUGGAAUAUUACUCUGUUUGAGCUCUGUUACUUUUUGUGUAAAAAUAAAUGUAGCAUCAUACCAGCAGACAGACAGGGUGGUGGUAGUGUGAUGGUCUGGAACAGUGUGAAUUCUGCUCUCUACCAGAAAAUCCUGAAGGAUAAUGUCCGGCCAUCAGUUCAUGCCCUGAACUGCAAGCACAUUUGAGUUAUGAAGCAGGACAAUGACAAAGAGUGGGCCAAAAUUCCUCCCCAGUAAUGCGAAAGACUCAUUGGCAGUUAUCGCAAAUGCUUGAUUGCAGUUCUUACAGCCAAGGGUGGCACAACCAGUUAUUAGGUUUAGGGGGCAAUUACCUUGUCACACAAGGCAAGGUAGGUUUAGAUAACCUUUUCUUUCCCUCAAUAAAUUAAAACACAACUUAAAAAUUGUUUGUCUAAUAUUGUUUAAUGUAUGAAACAUUUAAAUGUGACAAAUAUGCAGAAAACUAAGAAGUCAAGAAAGAGGCAAAUACUUUUUUCACCCCACUGCAUAUAAUAAUCACUUAAUGGAUGACACUUCCCAUGUGUAUAUGCCAUUAUUCAGAUAAAAAACCAUUAGUCUGACAUGUUUCAAAGCUAAUCAUAACACAUAUACAACUACUCUCCUCUACAGAAACAUCCGCACAGAUGGAAAUGGUACAAUGGCUAAUCGUUGUUGAAUGAAUUAUCUUUAAAUUGUUGUGGCAAUUUUCCCUCGAUGCACCUGUUAACCAUUCAAAUGUACAGAGGUUUUUUGAACUAUGAAAUCAUUCACUGAAACACUGUUUUAAAGAUGUGCCUUUAUCCUUGUUAGCACAAUAUAAUUCUUUUACACUGAAAUGUGUGUUCAGGAAAAUGCUAAUAUUACCUUCAGGAUAGGUGUUCCAUGAAUGUUUCUUUUGUCUGUAUUAUUAAAAAAAAAACCAUUACAGUUUCAUCUUAUCUGAACUUUACAAGCUUCUUUAUUCCUUAAUUAAGCAGGCCUAGAUAAGGGUCGCUGAUUCCCUGACUGGUCGUUAGGGGAAAAUGCGUACACUGCAACCAGUUGUGAAUGGAUGCUAGAGGUUGCUGGCAGUCACUAAGGCGAACGUGAUCAAAAAGACGUAUACAGUGUUGCACUGAAAGCCUCCUCACCAUUGCUUUGGUUGCUAGCAGGUUGCUAUGGUCACUAGUAGUCACAUUGAAGACUAAGUUGUCUUCAAACACUCAUCAUUUACUCUAGAAAAAGUGUGACACAGACCUCCAAUGGAGACUAUUCACCUUAAAAGUAAAAGCUCUCGACGUUUUUGUAUUAGCAUAACCUUUUCCACUUCUAGUUUUAGCUAUACCUUCUCAAUUGUUUAAAGUUUUGUAAGUGCUUGCAGACAAAUCAUGCAAACUAUGGGAGACCAUGGCAGUCUACUAGUGACCAAAGCAAUCACAAGGAAGUUUUUGGUGCAGCACUUUCUUUGCAACCAAUUUCACAUGGUGAUAUCAAGCAACCUCGGGCAACCAUUCACCACUCAGUUGGUUACUUAGACUUUUUCCACUUGCAGCUAGAAGUUGUCAGGGGGUUACUGGCCCCAAGACCUGUGUGACUGAUGCCUUAGUUACCUAGCUAGGUAGCUUGUUUAGCUAACCCUUUAGCUAAAUAAAUCAAACACAGAUUUUGUUAGCAUGCAACAUCAAUCAACUAUGAAAUGCCUGUGGCACAGAUUCUAGUUUUGUGUUAUCGUUCAGCUUCAUUAUAAGUUAUAUUAUAAAUUCCUAUUCAUUUUCUCCAUUGAAGUUUCAGAAACUCCGUGUAAAAUCUGUUUUGAACGUAUCCAGCCAACUAUCAGGUGAAUCAUGACCAUAAAAAGAAUUUUGAUCUGCAUCAAAAAGAAAAAGAAAAACAAAAAGGUCAAAGGUAAAAAACCUUUUCAAAGUAAAGAAAUUACAACUGCUGCCAGUUCCAAAUUCCACAGCUUCCAGCCUUCCUAAAUCAGCCUUCUUGAAUUUAAUUUUUUUAGCUACUAUAGUGUUGCAGAACAAUAUUUUAUACUAAUAAGUUUUAAAUAUUUAUAGUUUGUGAUGUGUGUAGAGUGAAGUGCAGUCUAUGUACUGGUAUAGUGCAGUGCUACACUCAUGGCUGUACACGGUUUCUGAACCAGAUUGCGACAAGUUUAAACAUCUAUGGUAAUAGUAACUCCACCAAUCAGAGACAUUGAGUUUAGAAUAUACGAUUAUAGAUAAAAUGGUUCUUUUCCAAAGCAUCGCCAAUAAAACAAGUCUUUGUUAAAA